GGUCCUUAGGGGAAUCAAUCCCGUCUAUAAGAUGGAGUCAAGAUAGCACAUCCGAAGGAUCUAGGGUGGAUCCAAGAGAAGUUGAUCGAAACGAUCAGGGUACGAUUUGCAGUGCUAAAGCUGAGGAUAACAAGACAAAACGGUCGGCUAAUAAAAGGAAGCCUUCAUCUGAACAGGCUAAGCGACCAUGUCUACCGAAGAAAAACACAUCCGGUGGUUCUCACCAGAAACCUACAGCUAGCAUGGAUGAAAGGAACCUAAAUCAACCGAGUGAAGCAUCUUUCAUAGGGGAGCGAAGGCCAGGCACAACUAUCGCAGCGGCAGCGGCAAACACCCAAGGUACACCUGACCAGCAGUCAAUGGCUGCUGGAAGAAAUGUCACAUCUGCACCUCAAGGGUCACACGCAACUUCAUCGCCUCGACGUAUCUCAAUCUCAGUCUGUUCUUCCGCCUACGAGCGCAACGUCAAAGGGUUCGUGUCCAAGCUUACCGAGUUGCAAACCAGACAGCCUCAUUUGAUCGCCGACGUCCGUUUCCGUAGCCUACCGUACAACGACAUUGAUUCAUUCAAGUUUCCGUCAAGCGACCCCGUUGAUGUGAUGGUCCUCUGCCAUUCAGUCCAAAAUCGAGGGUUUUCAAUCACCAAUGUACUGAAUGCUCUCUACGAAAAACAUCUGCAAUAUUGCCAUGAUGUGAUUGGAAAGAAGAAGCUGGCCGUGAUUGUCCAUGAUUUUAGCGACUGCAAACCUGAGACUCUUGAAGUCAGGAUGGAAUCGUUCAAGAGGUCACAACCUUUGACAUUUGAGCUCGUUGAAACCGUGAUCGUAUGCGGUAGCCUGGAGAAACCAGGCAAAAUAGAAAUGAGAGAUGAAGAUAUGACACGACUUACGACCUUCUUCGCACAAGCGAGAUAUGAACAGAGAGAGAACUAUGCCGUCAAGCAAUCAUUUUAUAAGAAAAGCUUCCUAGGAAGAUUAUGGUAAUAACCAGCAGAACCCACAAAUCAAAAGACGGAAGGAGGAGAGGAAUUAUAAGAAUGAAGAAAUAGCUCAACUCACAACAAAUUAUGUCUUUAGAUUACUGAACGAAAAGCGAUUCGGGUUAUCUUCAAAUAUGCCUACAUGUUUACAUGUGGGCGAAACAUGUUGGUCCAGUGGUCUGGUCUCUGGUCUGCCUACAAGAGGUCCCAUAUACGAAACAUACAUGUCCAAAUGGUAAAAGGUCAUUACCGGCGUGGACGCGGAAAUGGAUAAUAUCUCGCAUGUUAUAUACCCCCCCCCCACACACACACACAAAUGAACAUAUCAUUAAUGUCUACCCACUCACCACUCACAAAAUUUC